AUGAACACCCCUCCUCCUCCAGACAUUGUCCUUCCGCCGCCAGAAUCGCCCGCAUCCAAGCGGAUACGACGCGACUCUCUACCAGCCGUGGAAGAUGUCGCGCUGACGGACGAAGGCGUGCCGGAGGAGGUAGAGCGGGGACGCGAGUCGAUGUACGUGCGGCUCUUCAAGGAAAUGAUCCAGACCGUGUUGGAGGCCGAGUCAUACCUGUUCUCGGCCCGCGAGCUGUGGGUUCUCAAGCACAUCCUUGACCUUCCCUACGAGCCUCUUUACCUCCUCACGCGUCUGCUCCUCCGGCGGCGGGGAAAGGUGCACCCCAUAGCCUCCAUCGCGCCGACGUACUCGGGCGAGUUGGGCGAGGAAGGUGUCAAACGCGCAGCAAGAACAUUGUGCGGGCGCCUUGACAUUCCCAUGGGCAUCCGCGACCAGACGGACGAGGAGUCGUUGUCGUUUAACUUCUGGGGCGCACCAAACGGAACACCCAAAGGGAAGUCGUCUGCGCCCGGCAACGCAUGGUCCGACCUGCCUACCGGCUUGAGUGCCGAGGAGGAGCGUGCCGAUCCCGACCUGGCAGAGACGAUCCGCCAGAGUCUCUGGACCGAGAAAUACGGCGUUCUCCGGUCCACGAAUGCCAAUGGGUCAACCUCUUGCGCAUCGACCUCCACGUCAACUUCUGCUUCGAUCUCGCUGCCCACUGCGCAGGCUUCAUCCACGAUAACCGGCAUCGAGGGGAUGUUCGAAACCCCGGAUGUCCAGAGGCCGAUCCUAUCGCUUGCGCACGACGAGGCCGAGCUCUGCCUCGACGACAUUAUGUCAUGUGUGUCGGCCGACGACCUGCGGCGCGUCGCGCGGGCGCGCAAGGUCCCCCCCCAGUUACUCGUCACGCGCGAGUCGGUCAUGAAGGCACUCGGCAAUAUUGCCCGCAAUCAGACAACGCUCUCGUUUACGCCGGUUGACCGCAAGGGCAAGGGCAAGGGGGGCUCUCCUGCGCGAUCCCUUACACCCGUCAUGUCGACAUCGGAACGUCUCGUCCUUGCACAGCUCAUGCCUUACCUAGGCGGGCAGGUCAUUCAGGUUGACCGGUCGCUUUUCACGCUCAUCUCGCGCGUCAACCUCAUCUUCUCGCGCACGCCGCCAACUUCAGCCCACUCCCCGGCCCUCAUCCUUCCACCCAUCCUCGUCUCCUCCCACCGUCGACAGUACCCCGAUUACGGUACACCUACACGCUCGGUCAUCUGGAGGACUCGACGCGAACUGCUCGAAUGGGAGCACGCGGUGCAUUACGAGGCACUCGUGUCGGAGGUCCUUGGCGACAACUGGGCGGAGCAGCGUCGCGGUGGCGGGCCUCCGCAGUCGCUGUGGCGCGGUCAAUCACUGUCGCGAAUGGACAGUGCCAAGCUCGUGCGUCGGGUCUGGGAGAACGUGUGGCCAAUGUGGAUGAAAAUGGUCGCGGGCAAGGACGGGGAGCCAAUCAACGAGAAGCAGGAGCAAGGCGUGUUGGCGGGAGACCGCUUCAAGACCGCUCAUGUCCUCACACGAAUCGUAGCGAAGGGUGCGGAUGCGCUCGGCAUACUGCACGAGUAUGACCUCGAAUGCGAAGUCCUUCGCGCAUUGCUCCUACAGCGACGGUGGCGCCGUGGCAAGCGAGGCGCAUGGUAUGACCGCCUCGCCCUCGUCUAUAUGACACACUACAAGAUGUCCGAGGCGCAGAAGUUGGAGAAGCUGGAGGAGGCCACCCAAGUUUGCAUCGAUGGCCUCCUCGACCCGGGCACACAUCUCAUCUACCGGCCACGCCUGUCCCAUCGCCUUACCCGACUCGAGAACAGACUCAACCUUCCGGCCGACGAGCGACACAUCUCUGGCAUGCCCGUACAGUCUGUCUCCAAUGGUUGGCGAGACUCGGCCAACAUGGGCCUGGACGACGGCUCGCAGAAGAAUACUCCGUUGCAGCAGGUAGGCAAAAGUGCAUGGAUUGGGCGUGAAGGGGAGGUGACUGUGGAGGGUUGGGUGCUCGAGUGGUGGGAGGACAAGGGAUACGAAGGCUACCACGCCGAAUCGUCCAUUCUUACGACACUGUUCGCGCUGCUCAUGUGGCCUGUACUGUUUCACCCACUCCCGGGCGCCUUCGAGACGUAUUAUCAGACGGCUCCUCUGGAUCUCGGUGAGGACACAUUUGCCCGCGCUCGCGCGUCGAUGAUCGAUGAGCAUCUCACGAAGAUGGAGUCGACCGACACAGCGCUCGCGAUGCUUCGCGAAACUGACAAGCGCGAGCGCGAGUUGGGAACCUGGGCCGUAGGCCUCAGCUGGGACUUUGGCCGGCGUGAGCUCGAGGAGAUCCUAACCUGCAUAGGCGGGCACGCCAUGGCACUCAUUUGCCGCAUGCUGUCAGAGGAGUACCGCCAUCGCGCUAGCGGUGUCCCGGAUCUCAUUGUCUGGAACUAUGACAAGCGUGAGGCGCGCUUUGUCGAGGUCAAAGGACCCGGUGACCAACUCUCGGAAACCCAGAAGAUCUGGAUUGACUUCCUCCUCUCCGCCGGCGUUGCGGUCGAAGUCUGCCGUGUCAAGGCGAAAGAGGACGCUGAGGGCCGACCAGUAAUAGCGACCAAGCGCACCGACUCGGGUCGCAGAAAGCGUGCAGCGGCAAGACCGCAACCGGAACCUAUCGUAGUGGACGACAGCGAUGACGACAAGGAGGACAAUGAGUGGCAGCACGAGUCAGGGGAUGAGGGCAAGCCGAAAGGGCACUGGGCGAGGCCUGGAGAGGGUAAGCGAGCACGAAGGUAG